AUGUCUCCUAUCCAGAACGUCACUGUUCUCGGGGCAUCCGGAGCCGUCGGGACCCUCCUGGUCGACGCUCUGCUCGCCUCGAAUUUCACCGUCUCCGUGGUCCUCCGUCCCUCAUCCAAGGCUACUUUCCCGGCGUCUGUGGCCGUCCACCGCGCCAACUAUGACGACCUCGCGGUCCUCACCGCCGCCUUCCAGGGCCAGGACGCCAUCAUCUCGGCCGUGGGAACCUUCGACGCUGCCAUCCAGCGCACGGCCAUCGACGCUGCAGCCGCCGUGCCCAGCGUAAGACGGUUCAUCCCAAGCGAGUACGGAGGCGACACGUCGCAGCCGGGGCCGGUCAGCUUUGCCCGAUUCCCGCAGGCCAAGCGCGAGAUUGUCGAGUACCUGGAUUCCAAGGAGGGGAUAACCUGGACGGCGAUUUGCACGGGGUCGUUCAUCAAUUGGCUACUUGAGUUGGAAAACGCGGCAAUGGGCUGGGAUCUGUCUGCGCGCAAAGUCAGCAUUUUCGAUUCUGGCAAUCGGCCGUUUGUCUUGAGUACGCUUGGGCAGGUGACGAGGGCGAUCAUCUCCGUCCUUCAGCAUGAGGAGGAGACGAGGAACGCGUAUGUGUAUGUGAAGUCGUUUGAGGUGACGCAGAAUCAGCUCCUGGAGUUGAUUGAGCGGUUGUCCGGGACGAAGUUCGAGGUGAAGCAUUUGACUACGGAAGAGAUUGCGCAGCGGGGAGUGGAUCAUCUAGAGGGGGGAGACUAUGAGCAUGGAUAUCCGGAGGUGGUGACGGCGGUGGCAUAUGGGCCAUGGGGGUUCUUGGGGUUUGGAGAGCAAGCAGAAAAGUGGAAUAGUGUCCUGGGUCUUCCGAAGGAGGACCUCGAGGAGACUACAUUCACCAAUCCUGUCAUAUAUGAAGACUUCCCUGACAACGACAUCUUCCUUGGUCCUGAUGGAAAGACAUUCUACUGGUCCAGCUCCAAUUUCCACUACUCCCCCGGUGCACCAAUCCUCCAGUCUACAGACCUUGUGAACUGGGAGCUGAUCGGCCAUUCCGUGCCGACGCUGGACUUUGGAUCCAACUACAACAUGGAAAACGGCCAGACGGCCUACAACGGCGGAACCUGGGCCUCUACCUUACGCCAUCGCAAGAGCAACAACAAAUGGUACUGGAUCGGCUGCGUCAAUUUCUGGACUACGUACGUCUACACAGCCCCGGACGUCAAGGGCCCCUGGCAGCAAUCCGCUAGCUUCCAACCCUGCUUCUACGACUGCGGGCUCUUGAUCGACGACGACGACACAAUGUACGUGGCCUACGGAAGCAAUAACGUUUCCGUGGCCCAACUCGCUCCGGAUGGGUUGAGCGUUGUCAAGACGCAGCAAGUAUUCAGCUACCCGUCCGAGUGCCCCGGGGGGAUCGAGGGGAACCGCAUGUACAAGAUCAACGGCUUGUACUACAUCCUCGACGACUGUCCCGCGAACGGAAUCACCGAGGUCUGGAAGGCCUCCAGCCCGUUCGGGCCCUACCAGCGGAAGAUCCUCAGCAACAACACCCCCUCUCCCGUUCCUGGCUCCGGCGCACCAGUCCAAGGAAGUCUCAUCGAGACGCCCAACGGGCAGUGGUACUUUAUGUCCUUUGCGUGGGUUUAUCCCCUCGGCCGACUGACCGUUCUUGCCCCUGUGACCUGGGGGUCCGAUGGCUUCCCCAGCCUCCAGACAGUGAACAACGCCUGGGGCCAAUCCUACCCAUACCCUCUUCCCAAGAAUAAUAGUGUGCCGUCGUGGAUCGGCGGCGAUCAGUUCUGGGGUAGCUCGCUGGGCCCAAUGUGGGAGUGGAACCACAACCCCGACACGACCAAAUUCUCCUUCAACUCUCCUGGCCUGACGCUGCAGACCGCAACCGUCACCAACGACCUGUACCAUGCGCGAAACACCCUCACACAUCGACCCCACGGCCAGUUCCCCGUUGGAACAGUCCUGCUGGACUUCACCAACAUGGCCGACGGCGACCAAUGCGGGCUGGCCGUCUUCAAGGACCAAAGCGCCUGGAUUGGAGUCGUCCGCAGCGGUAACAGCUACACCGUGACUGCCGUCCAAGGGCUCACACAGGAUGCUAGCAUUGACUGGGCCACGACCAGUACCGGGACCGUGGUUGGGAGUGCGCCUAUUUCAACGCGCCAGGUCUACCUCCAGAUUCGGAUGGAUGCGCGUGCGGACGGUCCGAAGCAGUUGACGUUCUAUUAUAGCACUGACGGGAGCACGUACUCCCAGCUUGGUGGUGCCUUUACUUCUAAUACCGGCUGGCAAUACUUUAUGGGGUAUCGCUUUGCGAUAUUCAACUUUGCUACCAAGGCUUUGGGGGGUUCGGUUAAGGUCCUUGGUUUUACGAGUUGGACCAGUGGGAAUUAG